AUGCUCACAGACAUCCUCAAGCGCACUCGCCGCCACUCCUCAGACCCCAGGCCCAGCCCCCACCCACUGCGCAGAGCCGACUCGCGGAGCACUCGCCGGUCCAGCUCGACUGUACCGACCACCGUCUCUGAUGCUGGCUCACUGGGCGAGUGGGAGGAAGGGGAUCCUGAAGAGUGGGACGGCGUAGGGCCAGAACCACACGAUCCUGUUUUGAAGGCUAUCAAGAAGCAAGCAGAGCCCAUGUCGCCUGUGGAAGUCGUCCUAUUCGUCAUGGCAGCCUGGCUCAUAUACCAAAUACUCUCUCGACCAGAUGAUCUUGAAUCUUCCACCCCAUUCUUCCCCCAUACCCAAUCACAAGCCCCACAGCCGCAUCCCCAAAGCUACCAGCACCCGUACCAGCCGCACCUCCCCAACGCUAUAUCACCCAACACCGCUUCUAUCCCCUCGCCCGAGACAUCAUAUUGGGGCUUCGCACUGGGCCUGGCGACAUAUUGCUUCUACGUGGUCAUCGCAGUAUUGGCUAUACCUCUAUCAUGGCUGCUCCGAGGGCUGGGGCUGGUCUUUCAGAUCGUCGCUGCGCUCUUGUACCCUUUCACCGCCGUCGGCCGUCUAUUCUUACGAGCUUUCGUCUUUUACCCUUUGAAUCUGGCCAAGGAUGUGCUGGACGCCUUUUGGCCGGCAAUCACCUUUGUCGGGACCACACUCGGCGUCGGGGCGGUGUUUGGGGGCGUGUCGGGCUGGGUAGGGAGUGGUCUGGUGAGGCGGUAUGUCCGGUGGAAGGAAGGCGAUGCUGGGAAAGCCGAGAGAUCGUUAAGAAGACGGUCGAGUAAGAGCAGGCGAAGGAGGGGCGAAAGCGAGGGUUUCGAAGAGAUUUGGGGCAAGAAGGAGAGACGAGCAUCCAAAUCGAGUAGCAGCAGGCGCCGAAGAGGGUACUCUCCAGACUCUGAGAGCUCUCUUGACGUGCCGCUACUUGGGAAAGAUUUGGUGCAUGAUCGGGUGUCUCUGUUUGCGGUCAGGAGUAGGAGCACGGGGGAAGGCGUCGCAGUUGGCACGGCCAGGGAACCGGUGGUGAUUGGGACGAGACGGCGGGGGAUGCGCGAGGGCUUGGCAGGUUGA